AUGUACAGUAGUUAACCUUGAAUAAAAGAACGACGAAUCGAAUCAUACAUCACUUUUGUUUUGUUAGCUUUCGUAUUUCGCGCUGUUGUGUCGACUCAAUUGUGCUGCUGCUAGAACCAUAUGUUGCAAGAUAAUUUAUUUAGUGCGCUUUAAAAUUAAAAUUUAUGUUUUAUCGUUUGAUAUUUAAUACUGAAUGAAUAUUUGUGUACCAAACAGUUAUUAGUAACUUCACUUACAGUGCUUAUCAUUGAAGAACGAAUUUUUUUUCACUUUUAGAGCUCAUUUUGACUUUACUAGUGAUUUGUGAACGUCGUAGUAAAUUUAUACAACGCCCGCCCGCACGUCUGCUAGUGAUAGUCAAGUCAGUCACAUUGUGUUGUGGUUGUUUAUAUGUGAAGUUAUAAGUUCAAAGGAAAAUGUCGGCUUCUCCUAUCGCCCGUCAGGCUACACAAAGCCAAAGCAUCCCUACCAAAAGAGUGCUACUUACAGACCCAUCACAACUUCCUGUGGAUUAUUCCUCCACACCGGGAGGCACUCUGUAUUCCACCACACCUGGAGGAACUAAGAUUGUCUAUGACAGAUCCAUGCUGUUGCAUCUGCGCAAUUCACCAAUAGCCCAGACCCCUCCUAAGCAUAUUUCAACCAUCCCUGACUUCUUAAUCAAGGGUAAUGAGUAUCCAGAACAACCAAAGGAAAACGGACAUGAAGUCUCGAGCCCUGUCAAGAAAAUUGAGGAAGAAGAAAAUGAUCAGUUUGAUAUGGACAUCUAAAGCGAUAUUGUCGAUCAGAUAAUUGGACUUUCUCAGGUAUCGCUGUGUAAUCAUCACUAUUGUUGGUAGGAGCUUUAUGUUCCUUUUAGAAUCUGUUAUUUUGAAUCGCUUGAUGACUUGAAACAAUAUCAAGACUGCCUAUGUCAAAUUUGCUAAAAAAUUUUAAUAUUGCAAGUUACAUCCUGAUGGAUAAAUAACUUUCUGCUUUUCGAUUAGAAAGCAUUAAUGAGUAUUUAAAGUGUUAAACAUUCAAUAGAUAUUAUUGAUGGUGAAACUAUUACUUUAGCAUAUCUGUGAAUCAAAACAUAAUACUGUAGUGGUUUAAUCAUACGUUUUCACAAUACCCAAACUUGUUAACAAACAUGAUAUUGUUAUAUAUGUGCCUUUAAUUUGACAUUUGCAUGAUUUUUUUAGAGCAUCUUUAAAAGUUUGGAAACAUAUCAUACUUUUUUAGUUCUAGCUCGAUUGCAGCGUAAUUCAUUAUUGCCAAAUACUGAUUGUGCUAUCACGUUUUUUAUUCACAUAGCCUGCUCAAAUAAUGUUAUUACAGUUAUGUAAAUGAGAUUCAAAUAGCUUUGUAGGCAUUAUUGAAAACAUUAUACCUAUAACCUCUUUACAUGAUAGUUAAAUUAAAAGUAAACAAUUACUUUAGCCUAUUACCUACCUAUUUGUUUUACUUUUGUCUGGAGAAACCUUCCUCAACUACUGGUAUAUUCCAGUAUUAAAAAUAAAAGCAGAAGUACCUAGCACAUUUAAUCGGUUAGGUUUAGUUUACCUUGGAAUCUGUAACUUUAAAUCAUGGUUUGUUUAUAGUUUGCCCUUUAUAAGCAUAAUAAAAACACACCAUGAGAAGGUGUAGGCCUAAUAGCACAGUCUGUAACAACCCAAAAAAUAAUGUUUUCAUAGCCUAAGCUUUAAAGUUUUUGUUUGUUACUUAUUCUUGUUGACAAUAAAUGUGAAAUGUACGUAUUUACAUCAUUAAGGAAGAAAUCCCAUGGUUUUUUUACCUGAUUAUAAAAGUUCAAAUUUCAUGACAUUCAAAUAAGACAUCCUUUUUAUGACAUUCAAAUAAGACAUCCUUUUUUAAUAAAUGUCUUAACAAACUUAAAGUCAGACAGUGAACUGAAUAGUAUUGUUCAGUAAGACAAAAGGGCAAAGUGAUGGUUAUUGAAAAGUGACUGUAGAAUCAAAUUAUGAUCAACUGGAUUGAUAUUGAUUAUUGACCAACUGCCUAAUUAUGAAUCAUAUUGUCUUUCCUUUCACUUUUUGUAAACUAAUUCAAUUUAUUUGCGUUUUUAUAGUUGUUUUUUGAUUGGUGAUUUUGUUGGUAACUUUUUGAAAUGUUUAUGCACAUGUAGUUUUAUUAACACCUUAAAGUAUUCAUAUGAGCGAGAAUCUUAAAUCUUGAAUGUUUGAUAAUUUAUAUUUCCACAGUAAGAUGUUAAAUAGCAAUAAGGUGUGUUAUUCCAGUGUAAUCUCUUUAGUGAUAGCCUGUUAGGAAUAAUUAUCAUACAUUUAUUGUAAUAGCAUAUUAGGAAUUACCUUUGACAUGAAUUUAUACAUUGUAAUGUAUCGAAAUUGCCAAAUGUUCUCAGAUUUGUUUCUCUUUUACCUCAUUACUAAAAAUUCCUAGUCAUAUAGAGAAAGUGGAAAAAGUGUCAUUUAUAGAUUAUGUGCCAUCGGUUUGUUACCUGUUUUUGGUCACAGAUUUAUAAAAAAAUAUUAAUUUGUGUA